CUUCUGGUGAACAUAACAUAAACGAUGUAAAUUCAACCUUCAUAUUAAUUAAGAUAGUGUUACUACAUUUACAUGCAGAACCCAGAUAGCAGGCUUUCAUUUUUGCCUUUAUCAGUACGAUAUGCAUCAUAGUUAGUGAUUAUUUAGAUGCAAAUGAGUGUACAACGCUGUCGAGAUAUCGUCGGUUGUGUAUAUUGUGCAAUAUACUAAGUGAACUAUAAACAUUGAAAGUUUAGGGGCGCAUGGUAUGAGAGAUGUUGCAAUGGCCUGCUGUUCUAGCCACUCCAUAAACAGAUUCGCUACUAUUGGACUCACUGGUGAACCCAUUGCUGUACCAAACUUUUGUUGAAAAAUUUCCCCGCGAAACUGGAAAUAUGUGGUGGUCAAGAUAAAUUAUAAAAGGACAUCAACUAGAAGAAAGAAGCUUUUGACAUGGCAACCGCCGAUUUUCAAGAAUCAGAUAUGAAUGAUGCGGAAUAUGAUUUUGUUUGUCAGAAUUGUGCAUCUGAAGGAUUGAAUGUUGAGGCUGAGUAUUUCUGUAAAGAUUGUGCUAAAUACGUCUGCACUAAUCACAAAAACAACGUUCAUGCAGGCCAUAUGAUACCUCGAAAGUCGGAAAAUGAACUUGCAAAAUGUUAUCUCCACAAUUCAGAGUUUAUAAUGUUUUGCCAGACGCAUCAGGAGUUGUGUUGUGAUAAGUGCUUGGAACAAAACCACAGAAGCUGCAGUGAUUUAGAAUUUUUAUUUGUCAUGAUUGCCAAAGACAAAAUAACCAAUGAAAAUGUUAUAAAGCAACAAGCCGAAGCAAAAAUUACCUUAGAAGAACUAAGUAAGUAUAGGAAACCUUACAACAUGCAAAAGGAUAGAAUUGAGGAAUCCGCUAAAACUGCGAUAACAGAAAUUAAAGUAUUUCGUCGAAAUAUAGACACAGUUUUAGAUGCACUAGAAAAGGAAUCUAUUGAUUCAGUAAAUUCCUUAAAAGAUGAACUGACAAUUGAGCUCCAACAGAAUAUUAAUCAUUUAUUGGCGCUGCAAGGAGAGCUUUAUAACACCAUGACGACUCUCAUACCACAUUCACGUCAUGAGCUCUUGGAAUACAUCCGAUUCAAUAAGGUUCGGGACAUUGUAAGAAAAUCCUAUUCUCAUAUAACUGAUGUGAUGACAAAACCAGCAAAUGAAAUCGAAUUCAAAGCUAAAACAAAUAUUGUGCAAAGAUUGGCCAAUGAAAUCAACCUGGGUGAGGCAUUCCGAUAUAUUGCAUCCAUUAUAAAAAAGACAGAAAACUAUAAGGUGAAGUUAAAAGAUGACGAAAGAACGUGCGAAAUAAACGGAGUUUGUGAGUUAGAAGACGGGCUUUUAGCAUUGACUGACUGUUCCAACAACAGACUUAAAAUUAUGGAUUCUGGCUUCCAACUUGUUGGCGUAGCUAAUUUAUCUAGCGCUCCGCAAGACAUUUGCAGUAUGGGUGAUAAUAAGAUUGCAGUUGCACUUUCAGAAAACACAAUUCAGUAUUUGGAAGUACUUAAUACAAAGAUACAAACUCUUGGAACUAUCAAAUUAGAAGAACCAUGUAGUGGAAUUGCAUACCACGCUGAUAAUCUGUAUGUCGCAUCGAAAACAGUUCUCAAUAUGUACAAUACAUCUGGAUAUCGUGUUAAGAAACUUUAUGAAGAUAAUGUGACUCCAGGUUCCGUUAACUUGUGUAAAGUAAAUAACAAAGGCACACUUAUUUAUAUAACGGGGAUUGGGCAGAGCCAAAUCAUGCAACUUGACUGGUCAGAUGGACAGGCCAAACCUCUGAAACAAGUAAGCCUGACUGAUCCAAGAGGUUUGUGCAUAACAGAAAUCGGGAAUGUGCUGGUGUGUGAUAGGGGGUCGAACUCAAUAAUGCUUGUAAAUGGUACAAAUAUAUCAACUCUAAUUGGUUCGACAGAUUGCCCUAACAUGCCAGUAGCUGUGUGUUACACAAGAACAAAUCCAUGUCUAAUAAUUGGAUCCUCGUCGCGUAACAGUAUAAGGGUGAUUAGACUGAAUGAAGUUAUUUAACUGAAAUGUUGUGUUUUCUUUCCGAUGAAAAAAAAGAAAUGUUAGAUACUGUAAGAAAACGCGAUUAUAGUACUAUAUAAGGGUUCUGUUAGUUGUAGACAAUAUAUGAGACAAUUGUAUGUCAACAAUAAUAUAUUCCAUAUAUUAGAAUAUGGUUGGCUCUGCUUGAGCAAGGUAAUUUAAUAAAAAAAUGUUGUGAAAAUAUAAAUACUUAAUGAACACGGCAAUAUUUUAUUAUAAUGUGUCAUACACGCUCGUUAUGCAAUUAGAUUUUGUCAUGACGCGCUUUGAUAAUAAGUUAAGUGUUGCAAUAUAUUUGUAAUAAAAUAAAAUGCACAUAAAACUGUCUAUGGAAAAAUUUUAAAGUAUGAAGUGGUACAAAAGGUUAUGCUAUAGUACAGUGUAUGCAAACCUUUGAUACCAGCUAUCGUGAUUGCGUUCAUCGUAUCGAAUUGUGACAAUAAAUACGAUAAUAAAAUUAUCAUGUGAUACAUAUGCGUUGUCAGUUAAAGGUAUGUUGAAGGUUGCUUUAUUAGAUAUUAUCCUAUUACAACUCGACAUGCGACUUCGCAAUUAUGUUUACUUUUUCUAAAAGCACACCACCAUAUGAAUCGUUUCGAGUUUAUCCAAAAGUAAUAAAGAAAUAUUACGUGUGAAAAAUGUACAUAUUUCAUUCAUUAUUAUUUAUUACAAAAAAUUUAAAAAUAUACGAAAAUAACGCAAUGUCAAAUAAUAAAAUCAUCCUGUUGUUAUCUAGAUUGUGAUCCAAUAAAGCGGAGGUUGUAUACAUUGUUGAUAUACGACGGCAGAAAUGUUACCCUUAAAAAAUCGUCAAUAGGUAUACCUUCCUAUGCGCAGGAUUACAAUCAUGUCGAGAAUGAGACAACAUAGAAAUUCUAUUUAACUUAAAAAAAUCGUUUCUCACAUUUUAAAUCUUCCAAAAUGAUUUGCUUUUUAUCGCAUGACUUUAAAAUUAUUGAAAUAACAUUCAUUAUUCGUAAAUAGAAUGAAAAGAGUAACACAUUUUUAAAACCGUUAACAGAGGGAGGCAUUAUUGAUUACAUUCGUUAGUGUUAUGCAUGUUACGUUUAGAAUUACACGCAGCUUUGAACAAUUAUGAAAGAACCGUCAACAUGACUGAGCACGAAGUUUGAUUUCUUUGACGAGAAAAAGUAUAUGCUGUUUAAAGGGAGGGAACUUUUAAAUAUAUGUGUGUUUCACUCAUUUAGUGUUUCCUUCGCUUUGUGUUUACAACCACGAACCACUGGACGACACCUUACAAACCACCGUUCACUUAUUUCUCCUUAUAUACUACUCACUAUUUGCUUAGGAUCACUUUUUAUUUUCACAUGAUCUUCAAUUUAAUCUAAUUUAAUUUAAAUUGUUAUUUUGCAGGUUUUGAUAUUAGAAUGUGUAUUGUUGGUUUUAUUUUUAUGUAUUGAUUUAUCAUUGAUGCGUGACGCUGGCUGAAUCUAGCUAGGGGUGAACUUCAAAUUUCACAUGCUAUAAGAAGUGAUUCUCAGUAAAGUUUGAGUAGUAUAAAUAAAUUGUCAAUCGGUCGUUUAGUGAUACAUACGGUUGUAUAGAAACGUGUCUAAUAACGUGUCUAAUAACAAGAGUCGCAUCUAAAUGAUUAAUCAUAGUUUAACAAGUGACUUCUUUAUAUCAGACAUCCAACGUUUCAACAAUAGACAUGGGUCACCAGAAACAGUCUAGUAACAAUGAAACAAAUCUCGUGAGCGAUACAUUUAUUAAUAAGCUACGGAAGUACAUAAAUGGGUUUAUCCUGUCUUGAUUAGGACUCAAAGUGGUAUAAUAGCAGAUUUAAUUACACGUAAUGGAAUUUUUAAUCAGAUUUGCAGGUGCCUGUGGAAGGCUUGUCAGGUCAAAUAAAAGUGAACCGAAUUUAUUUCACCCGAAUCAAAAAACGUCAAAACAACUUUUAUGAAACGUUCUAUGUUAAUAAGUCGAUUUUUUUUUUAUUUUAUAAUACGCAUUUAUAUAAUUAAGGCAUUAAUAAAUGUUGUAUAUAGAGAUUUUUGUGCAGUACAGUAUUAUUACACGUAUAUUUGCAUGUAUUGUUGAUUUGCCUGCAAUGAAUGGUUAAUUAUGUCAAUGUUUCAUUAUGAUGUUAUUAUUAUGUAAAUUUUCAUGCAUUUUAAGUAUUGCCCAUGUUGUGUGAUGUUGUUUGAAUAAAAUAUAUUUUAAAACCA